GCGACAUCGCUCUUCGCGGGUGUUCAUUCGCGUGUCAGACGUGCUCGAGGUAGGACGCGCGUCUCUACGUUCCACCUCGUACAAUCUUCUCUCUCUUUCCCUCUCUGUCGAGGUUGAAGAAGGCCAACGUGUCCGUUCCACGUGCGCGACGCAUCGACACGACGCGCCUUCGCUUCUUCAGCCCGUUUCCGUAUUAGCGAAGACUCACGUGUGACGAUCGCGUCUAUCUCGUUCAUUUUGCUGCUUUGCAUCACAGGUAGCGGAACACGUCGGUGGUCUCAGCCUUGAGAACGUCCAAACACGCAACCUGACUCUACAAAUAAGACACCGGUGAACAACAAGCAGUGACUUUUUCGAAAGAAACCGGAUGCUCCAGUUCGCCUGGAAAACGUCAAAACAACAGCAAACGAAUAGAAACAAAGAAUUCUGUCAAAGCAUACGGUGAAGAACGAAGGAUCAAACAUGAUGACUCGUAUGCUGCUGCAAGAACCUGGAUGGAAGAUCGAGCGUAAAGGUUCAGCGUUGUUGCUUCGAAGGGACAGCUCGCAUCUAAAGAGCGGUCGAGUCUAUUUCCGGUGCGACGUCGAAGUCCAUGAAUUCGAGCGUGACGAGGAUUACACGAUCGAGGCGGAACCGGAGGCAGCUGCCAGUCCGUUGGCAAUGUGUGCCAGUUGCUUGGCGGCUCUUUGCGUGACCGUGAUUCUACCGUGGCUGUUGAUCGGUGGUUAAACAUGCCUCUACGAACUGACGAUUUUGGGGGGGGGGGACGAUCGUAUAACCUCUGGCAACGGAAGUCGUCUCGAGGAUUCCUCAAAGAGGAUCCAACAAUUGCUUGACGCGUAGGUCGAACACAGAGAGAUCGUUGACUACGAAAAGUCUGUUGGAGUAGCUGAUAGAUGGAAGACGAAGAGGAUCAGGUGGAUCUCAGCAUUCGUUGAAGAGAUUCCCAUCGAGAGACUCGACAUGGAAAUGGAUAAAGUUCCUAAAUGUGGUAGUUUUGUUAAAACGAGAGUUCCCAGUUUAUACAUUGACGAUGCAUGUAAUUAUUUAUACGAUGGGUAUGACUUGAAACGAAAGAAACACGAAGGAAUUUCUGAAUCGUGAAAUAUCUUUGGCGUUUCUUUCUCCGAAAUAAAAAAGUAUUUUUGAGCGAGAGCGACUAAACCUCGUCUCUAAAACACUCUAGGACCUUAUGUUUAUUCGUUGAUUUUUGUCGUUUGCUUUAAGUUUCCGUUCCGUAGCGAGAAACACGAUGCCACGACAGAAACGCGGCCUUUAGAUGGACUCGCGGUUCAAGUAGAUUUUGUGCAAGUCGAGAGAAAGAAAACUGUUCGGUAUGGACGUUCUGCAUAGAUGCGGAAAACGAGAUGAAAAAAAAAAAACACAUCAAAGGGAGAAGGGUGUAUCCGAGCGUACAUUAAACCUCCUUACUCGUUUGAUGGUAUCGACAAAUCCUCCAUGUAGUCUCUGAAACGAAGGCGAUCUUGUGCCAAACGAGAGUAGAAUACUCGAGAUAUUCGUUGAAACCUUUCGUGAUUCGCAGUCCGCUUACUUUUGCACACGCAAACACACGUUCUUUUCUCAAUACUAGCUGCAUCGUGGCCUGAACGCGCGUGCAUUCGUGUACACGUAUAUCUUCCUUUUCUUCUUCUAUCGAUGUUCCGUGUAAUAAUCGAGUCGUUACAUUUCAUUCGAACGGGAAAAUAUAAUGCACGAUACACAUCGGCCUUGUUCUCCUCCUUCGAUAUCGUUUCGAAACAAUAAUCUUACCGUUGCGUUGUUCGGAUUCCGGUUCUAUUCCGACGUCCGCGUUCGAUUCUCCCGAUCAAUUACAUAUUUUUCGCGGGCACAGUCCGAAGACUUGGUAAAACUUACAAAGUUCUGCACAGUGCCAAGUCAGCAAAUGGAAAAGUUGGAGAACGACGAAGCGGCGUCGAAUUGAGAAAUCGAGCGAAGUUUCGAACCCGUCGACUAUCGAUAACGGUACAGUCCGUUGCCUGCCGAACAAAUUUCGAGAAGCCAGAGAAUCAACGGUACGUCGAAUAAAUUUCGGCUGGACGUCAUAUUGGAUCCUUGGAUCUGGAAAGAUUUUUGUUACGAUAAUAACGCGAUUUUAAAUGACACAUUGUAUAUAUUAAAGUAUCUACAGCUGAAUUUGAAAUUGUGAAUUUGUAUUUGCGAAGAUCUUUAAUUGUUUCUAAGAUCGUUGGAACCAUUAGUGUUUUCGAUUAAGUUAAACGCAGACUGUGGCGGUGUUCUCGUGAACAAUUUACACGAACAAUUUACACGAACCCCGAAUCUGGUAAUACCCAGAUUAUCACGCAGAGCGUCUUCGAUAAAUCAUCUGUGCGUACGGGUGCGGAAAUUUGAGAGUGAGAAAGAGAGCAAGAGAUUUCUAAAUAUAAACCGAUGAUUGAUCGUACGUGUAUAAAAGAGGUGUGUUCGGAGAGAACACGAAGAUACGAACGUCUGGGAUAACGUGUGAGGUUCUAUCGAACGAUUCCAAUCAAUCAGUGUAAAAUACUAUUUGUUUAUAUUUCUAAUAAAACCCUGAACGAGUUGUA